GUCCCUCAUCUACCUUGGGCCCGCUGACUACGAAAAAGCGACAGAGGAGCAGAAGAACGCUUGCCACGUUCGCGACCAGUCGUUGGUUUGGGUGGUCUUUGACACAGGCAGCACCAACAUAUGGGUGUCCUCAGUCCUGUGCACGAAGGGACCAUGCGCCAACCCAGACCGGAAUCGCUACGAUCGUUCGCUGUCACGGACCUACGCACCUGGCCCGGGUGGGACUUUGCAGAUUGAGUUUGGCACUGGGCGAAUAACUGGCCCAGAGGCUAUGGACGACUUCCACAUUGGGCCAUUCUCCGUCUACAACCAAACCUUCGGCAUGAUCGAGUCCGAGGAAGGGCGGGUCUUCGAGGAGGUGCCCGUGGAAGGAAUCCUGGGACUCGCCUUCCCAGCGAUGGCCGCGCAUGGCAUUCGGCCCUUUGUGGAUGGCAUCAUCGAGAAUAAGGCUAUUGGUCGCAACGAGUUCGCGUUCUACUUCAGUCCUGAUGAUCCGGCAGGGAACGCCGUCUUCUGGGGCGGAGUAGACAGAUCUUUCUACCGGGGCGAGAUUGAGUAUUUCCCAGUGGUUCAGCCGUACUACUGGGCAAUUGAGCUCGUUGACUUCAAGAUUGGCGACGACUCGCUUCUACAUCUACUGCAGGAGGACGAGGCCCCGGACCUGGGGCACGAGAGCGGCUUAGGCCACAAGAGGCACCACCAAAAGGGGACCGAAGAGACACAGAUGUUCAAGGCGAUCGUGGACACUGGCACUACCUUCUUCACGGCUCAGGGCCGGCUCUUCAAAGAGGUCAUGAAGCGCCUGGCGGCAGCUCCCUGCAGGAGUCUCACAAACGAGAGCCAUCCGGCCAUCACCUACACGUUGAGGAACACAGCAGGCCAGAGGCGUGACUUCGUGAUAUCGAACAAGCAGUACAUGCUAUCCAGCCAAGAAGGUGACGAUCCGGAAUGCAGCCCGGCCUUCAUGCUGAUCGAAGUACCACGCGCGCAUGGCCCGGGUAUGGUAUUGGGGGAGGUGUUUCUUCGGAUCUACUUCUCAGUCUUCGACCGGGGAAGCGGCAAUGUAGAUGAGGCCCGAAUCGGUUUCGCGCGGGCCAACACCGGCCCCGACGCAAAGAAUCGGCUUAAGGGCCUUACCGCCAACCAACCAGUCUUCCGGCGUCCUCAUGCUACGGCCUGA